AUGGGAAGCGUUUGCACAUCAAUAAAGACACCAAAAGAAGUAAAAAUCGAAAGUGAUCGGAAGAACCAACAUGAAAGUGGGCUCACUUUCAAAGCUUCGUCAACAAACCUUAGCAAGCCAAAUUCAAGACAACUGAAAGAAGAAGGAAAAAACCAAAAGAAGCCAAGGCAUAAAGCUGCUGUCGAUGAAAGACUUGUUGAAGAUAAUGCCAUGGAAGCAUCGGCUGCAGAAAUAAUGGAUAAGCCUAAAACAGAAGAAGACGUUAAAAUGAUCAUGGCUGCUUUGAAUAAUCAUUUUAUUCUUAGAAGCUUAGAUGAAGACAGCCGAAAUAUGAUAGUUGAGGACAUGAAAUUUUAUGGCGCUUAUUUUUUUUAUUAAAUAAAAAUUACAUAUUUUGAAAAUUUUUUUAUUAUGUAUAAAAAAUUUUAUAUCAUCGGUCCUAAAGAAAUUAUUUUCGAACAAGGCCAGCCAGGGGUGUGCUUUUUUGUAGUAGCUAGUGGAAGGCUUGAAGUAAUUGUGAAUGGAGCCAGAAAAAACUUAUUAGGUCCAGGAAAUGGUUUUGGAGAGUUAGCCUUACUUGACAAUCGUCCAAGAACUGCAACUGUAAAGACUUACGAUAAAUGCACUUUAUGAGGAGUUGACAGAUUUGCUUUCAAAGAAGCUGUAAAAAAAGUCAAUGUGAUGAACCAUGAAGAAAACAAAGUGUUUAUAGACAGCGUUCCAUUAUUCCAAGCACUAACUCCUCAGCAAAAAGACUCUUUAUUAUCAGUGUUAACCACACAGAGAUGAACCAGUGGCCAAAAAAUAGUCAAAGAAGGCGAUGUAGGAAAUUUAUUUUAUAUAAUUAAAGAGGGAAUUGUCACUUGCACUCAAAAUGACAUUGAAAUUCGACAGAUGCAAAAAGGCGAUUUCUUUGGAGAGCAGGCCUUGCUCUAUAAUACUCCGAGAACAGCUACUGUGACUGCAAUUGGAGACGUCAAAGUAGUGUCAAUUAGCAGUGAUUCCUUGAUUGAUGUGUUGGGAAACUCCUUAGAACAGAUUUUAUAUAAAAACACACAGAGAAUAGCUUGUGAAAAAAGCCAAAAUUUAAAAGCUCUAUCGAUUGAUCAAAGAGAAAAAGUCCUUGAAAAGGUUGAGGUCGUCAAAUAUCAGCCUGGAGAAGUUAUUGUUCCAAGAGGAGGGAAAAUCGGAGAAAAAAUUUGAAUUAUUUUGAAAGGAAGGGUAAGAGGACCACAAGGAAGCAUUGAGGUAUUUUCUUGUAUUGGAGAUGAGGGAUUAGAUAAAAGCAUUCCUGAUGAGUAUCUCGUGGACUAUAUAGCAGAGUUAGAAACUGAUGUCAGCGAAAUCACCAAGGAAAAGCUUGAAGAGUGCAUUGGUGGAAAUUUCCUUCAAGUUACCAUUCAUAACGAAGCUUUAGCUGUCUUGAAAAAAGUUCAUCUAUUGCGUGGGCUUACACAAGAUAAAUUCGUUUCUCUUAUGAGAGCCUUAAAAGUUGUUCAUUUCUCUGACGGAGAUACUAUCGUCCUUCAAAGCAAUCCAGGCGACUCAUUCUACAUCAUCAAAACAGGCAAAGUAAACGUCUUCAAAAAUGAUGCAAAAAUAAGAACAAUCACAAAGCAUGACUAUUUUGGAGAAAGAUCAGUGCUUUUUAAUGACUUUCGUACUGCAACUGUUUUUGCUGAUGGCCCAGUAAGUUGCUGGCUAUUAGAAAAAGAGGAUUUUCUAAAUAUCAUAGAUGAAGAGAUCAGAAAACAGCUGGUAAGAAGAAUUGACCUUCAAGAUGACUCAAUAGCAUUAAAGGAUCUAAUUCCUAUCAAAACUAUUGGCAAAGGAAUGUUUGGAAAUGUGAUUUUAGUUGCAAAUAAAACCAAUAGAAAUAUGUACGCUUUGAAAACUGUAACACGAGAAAAAAUCGACGUUUUUGGGCUAUAUGAGAAUUUGAGACUAGAAAGGACAAUUUCUCUGCAGCUUGACCAUACAAUGAUUGCUAAAUUGAUAAAAACGUACAAAGACCCUAAAAGAGUUUACUUUCUAAUGGAGUAUGUAAUGGGGAAUGAUUUAUUUGACGUCCUUCGAGACAUGCAGUUAGUGAAAGAUGCCGACGCCAAAUACUAUGCUGCUUCAAUUGUUGUAAUGCUCGAGCAUCUUCAUGAAAGAGACAUUAUAUAUAGAGACCUUAAGCCAGAAAACAUCAUGAUUGAUGAAGAAGGCUACCCAAAAUUAAUUGAUUUUGGGACAGCCAAAAUAGUACACGGAAGGACGUAUACUACUGUAGGAACUCCACAUUACAUGGCCCCAGAAAUCAUCCUGGGCAGCGGAUAUAAUUUUGCUGCUGACUGGUGGAGCUUAGGAAUCAUGAUUUAUGAAUUCCUAUAUGGAGGAGUCCCAUUCGGUGAAGACGAGGACGACACCCAAAAAGUCUACCAAAAGAUCCUGGAGCAUAAAAUCACCUGGCAAGGCCAAGCAGACCCAACAUCCCAAGCCAAGCCUUUGAUAUUCCAGCUGCUUAAUAAAAACCCAGCAGCAAGGACUGGUGGAAGCAUAGAGAACUUAAAGAAUCACAAGUGAUUCGCCAACUUCAAUUGGGUAAUUUUUACGUAGGAUCGUCUUUUAUCGAGACAGCUAAAAAUGCCUUAUCUCCCUAAGCUGAAGUCUUUGCAUGAUGAAAUAGAAGCAGCUUUCUCUAAUAGUAAUGAGCUGGAGCUAUUUCUUCAGAUUGAAGAAGACCAAGAUGUUCUACCAAACAUUCGACUUCGUGAGCGAAAUCAAAUUCAAAACUGGGAUGAAGAUUUUUAG